AGGUCAGUUGAGUUGGGAAGACGGGAGAACACAUAGAAAGAGAGGAUGGUUUCGAGGAGGGAGAGGAGGAUUUUUGAAAUAUAGCAGAUGUGAUAACACAGAAAGGGGGUGAAAGUUUGAGAUACUAGAUAAAAAGCAAAGGGGAAGACGACCCUCUCUCCUCCUUUCUAAGUCGCCAAAAUAUCCUGGCCCUCGGCUACAGUUGCCAUCAGUAGGCCAUUGUACUUUGAGUUCCAGUUUGCUGUCAACGUCAUCGGCUUACCACCGUUGUCACUCCAAUACUUGUCCAAGUCGAUCAAAGUCCCCAAAGCAUCACUACUAGUUGCUCAAAGGCUACGAGAGGUUGUGGCUUGAGCGGCUAUGGAGGUGGACAGAGUAGACGGACGUACGAGGAAUCAACUGAGACCACUGGCUUGUUCUCGGAAUCUUCUUAACCGAGCUCAUGGUUCAGCUCGUUGGUCUCAAGGGGAUACAAUUGUUUUAGCUGCCGUUUAUGGACCCAAAGCAGGAACCAGGAAGAAUGAGAAUCCCGAGAAGGCGUCCAUUGAAGUUAUUUGGAAGCCCAAAACUGGGCAGAUUGGCAAACCGGAAAAGGAGUAUGAAAUGAUACUUAAGAGAACCUUGCAAAGUAUUUGCCUUCUGACGGUUUACCCAAAUACAACAACCUCUAUCAUAGUUCAGGUUGUUAAUGAUGAUGGUUCUCUCCUCCCAUGUGCCAUAAAUGCAGCCUGUGCUGCCCUUGUGGAUGCUGGAAUUCCAUUGAAGCAUCUUUCUGUUGCAAUCUGUUGUUGUCUGGAAGAAAAUGGAACCGUGGUUCUGGACCCCACCAAGUUAGAGGAGCAGAAAAUGCAAGCCUUCGCAUAUUUGGUCUUCCCCAACUCAGUUCUUUCAGUCCUUCCUCAAGGACCAUCAAGUGUGGAAAGUGAACCCCUAGAGCAUGGGAUCAUUACUUCUGUUACCCAUGGUGUGAUGUCAGUGGAUGAUUAUCUCCACUGCCUAGAACGAGGGCGUUCUGCAAGUGCAAAAAUCUCAGAUUUUCUAAGGAGAAGCUUGCAAUCACAACUCCCAAGUGACCGAUCAAAGGCUGCAUGAUUAACACAUAGAUAAAACAUGGAGUUGCACCUAUAUCGAUCAGGAAAGUUAGAGGCAGCGAGGCUGUUGGUGCAUCUUGUAACGUAUAAUAUUUAUUUGACAUUUCUGGGGAUGAAACUAAUUUAUAAGUGUCAAGUAUCAACCAAACGAUAGCCAUGUUUAUUGGCAUGUAGUUCCAUAGUGUUUCUGUACUCUGAUAAUUUGUAUGAAGAUUUUAGGUUUUAUAGGCAGAUAAUUUAUGAACAAAAUACAACAGGUCCAUUAUUAUAGAAUUUUAUAUAGUAACUCAGACCAA